GCCGGCAAAAGAACCGGUGCCGGGUCAUCUCACUUUUCUCCUUGUACCAACCAACCCAACAACGCCCAAAACAGAAUCUGAUCGAAGCUUCCUCUCUCUCUCUCUCUCUGGGUAUUUCUCAGAUUAGGGAUGACUGACCAAUCGGAGUCGUCGCCUCUGGUGCCGCCGUUGCCAAUGGCGGAGCCGAGUGAGAUCGAUCUCGAAGCGGGGCCCGGUGAACAGAUUCAGUGUCGAAUUUGCCUUGAAACUGAUGGUAGGGAUUUCAUAGCUCCAUGUAAAUGCAAAGGAACGUCAAAGUAUGUACAUCGGGAAUGUUUGGAUCAUUGGAGAGCUGUGAAGGAAGGGUUUGCAUUUGCACACUGCACAACCUGCAAGGCCCCAUAUUAUCUGAGAGUUCAUGGUGCUGCAGAUAGGAAAUGGCGGACAAUGAAGUUUCGGUUCUUUGUUACUCGAGAUAUUUUAUCCAUAUUUCUUGCGGUUCAACUUGUAAUUGCUGCACUGGGCUACUUGGUCUAUUUUGUAGAUGGUUACCAACAAUCAUGGCUUCGUCAUAUCUGGGGUUUUGACAGUGAGGUCACGUUUUAUUACAUGUGUGGAGCUUUGUUGUUCUUUGCUUUGCUGGGUCUAUCUGGAUGCUUCAUAACUUGUUAUGAUCGAAGAGUUCGGAAUGACUUAGCUCAGCCUUGUCGAGAAUUAUGUCUCUGCUGCUGUCACCCUGGGAUAUGCGCUGACUGUCACCUACCGGGAACUCUUUGCAUGUGGACCGACUGCACCGCAUGCUUUGAAGGAUGUGCCAGUGCAGCCAGUGAAUGUGGUGGCUGUAUAGGAGGUGCUGGGGAGGCCGGAUUGCCAUUGCUCUUCAUUAUGGCAUUGAUAGUUCUAGGUCUAUUUACCGUAAUCGGCAUAUUCUACAGUGUAUUAGUGGCCACCAUGGUUGGACAGCGCAUUUGGCAGCGCCAUUACCACAUACUGGCGAAAAGAAUGCUAACAAAGGAAUACGUGGUUGAGGAUGUAGACGGAGAGACGACGGGAUCGGAAUGGUCGCCUCCACCUCUGCCGGCCGAGCAUGUUCACCAGCUUAAAACGCUCGGCCUUCUCUGAUUCAGCCCAUUGUAUUAUGGAUUGUACAUUCCCCUUCUUAAGCGAUACUAAACCUUACAGAUCUUGAUAUCUCUACCUUUUUCUCGCAAUAUAUACUCGGUCUUUGGACCAACACUCA